UGGCGGAUUUGGGAAGGAGUGAAGAUGGCGGAGUGAGGCGCACCGCCGGGAGCCGGCCUUUGGGCCGGGGGCGGAGAGGCCCCCGGACGGUCGAGUGCUUCUGCUGACUGGUGCGAGGAAGAACAUUUUCUUUGGCUUCCAGGUGCUUUUAUAUUCCUCUCGAGAAGAAAAUAAAAUUCUGAACUCAGGAUUUGGCAAGUUCCCAGGUUACAGAAGAAUUAGUCCUGCCAUGGCUUAUUACGAACUGCAGAUAAAAUACAAAUUUAAAAGUUUUACUUAUCUCAAAGGAUUGCAGUUUAUAGUGAUUCUCGCUACACACCAAAAGGUACUUUUCUCCCUUUUUCCCUACUGGACAUUACUUUCUUAGCCUCACUUCCCUUGCACAAACCACUAGGGAGAUGUGGCACUCAGAAAGAUGUUAAAAUGUGCACACAACUACAACCAACUUUUCCAUUUCACUGACAAGUUCCUACAAGUCUCAAACAGGUAAAAGGAACAUCCCUCAAAUACACUGUAUGGAUAGAAUAAACUUUUCUUGUUCCUUUGUGCACGUCGGUUCCCCGCUUCUCCGUGUUAUUAAUAUAGGGGCUAGAAACCAAAGGAGAACUCUCAGUACAUACCUGCCUUUGAGCGAACCUUCAAUGCCAACUAGGAAGGGAGUUUCCAAAACCACGUUGUUUGUGACUCCUGGGUAAAUAAAUAGAGGUCAGAAUGAAUACCUGUGAAGCCUUGAAAAGGAAAACCUACCCGCUACAAACAGAUUCACCAUGGCCACAAAAAACAUGAAAAGUUGCCCCCACUCUUGGCAAAGGCGUUAAUUUCCUUACAAAUCUUCACCCCAUUUUCUUCACCACCCUGCUCUCAACCAUCCCGUGACAAAGCGGGAACACCCUCUCCGCCUUCCUCCUGUCUUCUUCAGACUCUGUCCCCACUCACUGGAGAAUACCACGGUCCCGAGGGACGGCGACAGGUCCCAGGCGAGGUGCACAGAGUCAGCGAGUACUGCGUGGCACUGUGCACACUGGAACACGGCGCACCUCUCGGGCUGCAGCCACGACGGCAGCUGCGGUCUGCAUGGCUGUUCCUCCGCCCCCAAGCCUGCGGGGCCAAGCGGCGAGGACCCGUUCACCACCUGCGUGUCCCACUCCAUAGAAGUUGUACAAGAGAGUUCCUCAGUUGAAUUCUUGGCGCCAUCACAAACGUCACCCUGCGACAGCAUCGCAUAAAGUGAGUGACAACGCCGCCUCGGCCGAGCGGCCAUCUUUCUGCAGCCCCCGCCUCAGCUUCGAACAGACACUUGACCACGCCCACACACGGUUCCUGUAUCCUCAUUGGAAACCGUGAGCCGAGGCUUUGCCCUGCGCACGCUUUCUGGACACGCCCUUCGGCGCCAAAGUGUUAAUGAGGGGUGGGGGGAAAUCGCAGGCCUGCUGGGAGGGGAAUCUUCGUUUCUAUUGGUCAACGCCAGGAGACCCCGCCUUCAAGACAUUUUUAACCAAUAGAAGUACAGCAUUUUCAAUUUAAACUCUCUAUAAAAGUUCGGUUUAGUCAACGUUCAAAGUGGCGCCAGAGCUUUGAACGGCGCUGUUUAGUUUAGAGUGUCCGUGCUAUCCAGGUCGCUUGGAUGCAGCUCGACAUGACUGUACCCUCCUUUGAGGAGCUGGACACCUUCAAAUACAGCGACCUGCAGAAUUUGGCCAAGAGUCUGGGCCUCCGGGCUAACCUGAGGGCAGGCAAAUUAUUAAAAGCCUUGAAAGCCCACCUUCAACAUGAAGCAAAAAAAGAAAAUGAGAAUCAGGAUGGAAGUCAAAUUUCUGCAUCCUCUUGUGAUGAGGCUGAGAUGCAGAUCAGCAGCCAGGAACAAGCUGAGAGGUUGCCAGUUGACCAUGUCACCAAAAUGAGGAGAAGGCGCAGGACAGUCCACAGAAACCCUGACUCCCAGGAUCAUUCAGAGAUAAAGAUAAGUGAUCCCAUUGAAUUCCAGAAUCAAGAGAAGCAGGAAAACCAGAAACUCAGAACGGUUGGAGAAGUUCCUUCACCACCAGACGAGAGCCAAGGAGAGGAGAAUGCAGUUUCCUCAGGAAAAGGUAGAACAGAUGGUAAUGAAGAUUCAAAGGUUCCUUCGGAAAAAAAGAGGCCUCUCUACGCAGAUGGAUUUUCCAAACCUGGAAAAAAUAAAAGAACUGUAAGCACUACUCCAAACUUUAAGAAGCUUCAUGAGGCUCGUUUUAAGGAAAUGGAGUCCAUUGAUCAAUAUAUUGAGAGAAAAAAGAAACAUUUUGAAGAACACAAUUCAUUUAAUGAACUGAAGAAGCCUCCUGUCACUAAGGGAAAAGUGGCGACCCCAGUUCCUCUCAGGGGAAGACUCCCUGUGGCUUGUACUCCCACCAGCCAGCAACGCUCGCAGGGGGCCGCAGGCCGCAUCACCUUGUGCGGGAAGGGGUCCACCAAGCGUCCUGUUCUGUCAGCAACUAAAAUGAACGUCAGGUUUUCAGCUGCUACCAAAGAUAAUGAGCAUAAACGGUCACUGACCAAGACUCCAGCCAGGAAGUCUCCGCAUGUGACUAUGUCUGGGAGUACCCCAAAAGGCCAGGCUAUGCUUCAGACAUGCAAGCUGAAGACCACAAAGGGGAAUUCUGCUUCUGUUGUUACCCCAUUCAAGUUGACAACUGAAGCAGCACAGACUCCAGUCUCCAACAAGAAACCAAUAUUUGAUCUCAAAGCAAGUCUGUCUCGUCCCCUCAACUACGAGCCACACAAAGGAAAACUGAAACCAUGGGGACAAUCUAAAGAAAAGAAUUCUCUGAAGGAGCAUAUAAACAGAGUUAGCUUCCACAAGAAAACUUACAAACAACCUCCUCUCCAGACUAGGGAAGAACAACGGAAGCAACAUGAACAAAAACGAAAGGAGAAGAAAGCAAAGGUUUUGGGAGCUCGAAGAGGCCUCAUUAUGGCUGAAGAUUAAUUUUUUGAUGUCUUGUAAAUAUUACCUUAUUCUGAACACUUUUUGUAAAUAUUUUUCUACUGUCUUCCCCGCUUUAGUCAAAAAACCUUUUUCUGUUCUUUGUUCACUAUUUAUGUAGUGUCGGUGCAUUCUUAACAUGCUACAUCUCGGAAGACGUUAUUAACUUUAAGGCUCACAUAAUCUUUGACGUGGUUUUUACUUAAGUCUCUGUACAAUUCACUUUUGAACUGAGACUCAUCCUAUAGAUUCUUGACCUAGAUUUUUCAUGUCAAGUUCCGUGUGCUGAUUCUAAUAUUAAUUGUAAUCCUGUUCUAGGCAACAGCAUUUACCCUGAUGGUAGGUAGUUCUACCACAAGAUUUAGUAGAAAUUGCACCAAUAAAAAGUUAUGAAUAGGGUAAGUUGAGAAAGUUCACUUCUUGCUCCUCUAGAGAAUCUAGUAGUCUUGAUCAAACUGGGGGCCAUUUGGAUUUGUUAUGGCAUUAAUAUUCUACCUAUGUGAAGUAUCUGGUUACCUAUGCACAUUAGUUCAGAUCACUUAAUAUAAUUGGCAUCUGUCACUCAACAUACUCUUAAAAACCC